UUUCACUGCUCUCACUGCAUCUUUUAUUCGCCUCUCCGCCGUGCAAGUGCCACAUCCCGCUACAACCAGCAGCAGCAGCAGCCGCCACCGAUAACCCCUCGCAGUCUCAAUGCUUAUUUCGCAUAAGGGCUAAUAUAAAAAAAUCUGUGCCAGACAUGGGGGAGAAAUUGUCGCUUCUCUUGAAGAUGUUGGUCCAGAAAACUAAAUGGCUUGUGACAAUAAUGCCCAGUCGAAGAUCCUGGGAUUGAGGUGUAAAUCCCUUCACACUGAUGGCCUGGACUGAGUUUCAGCUGGUCUGCUGAAGCUAUGGGGAGCUGUUGGAGCUGUCUGUCCAGAGACCCCAUCAGAGACAACCAUCUCACCAAAUUUAAGGUCACCAAUGUGGACGAUGAGGGAAAUGAGCUCGGCUCUGGGAUCAUGGAGCUCACCCAGACCGAGCUCAUUCUUCACACACGUAAGCGGGAUGCCAUACGGUGGCCGUAUCUCUGCCUGCGCCGCUAUGGCUAUGACUCCAACCUCUUUUCUUUUGAGAGUGGCCGUCGAUGUCAGACCGGGCAGGGAAUCUUUGCAUUCAAGUGUUCCCGGGCAGAAGAGAUUUUCAAUCUGCUCCAGGAGCUGAUGCAAUGUAACAGCAUCAACGUGGUGGAGGAGUCCAUGAUGAUGAGUCGCAGCGGUCACACAUCAGAAAUGGAGAUGUCUCGCACACCACAGACUCCCAACACUCCAGGGUUCCCCAUCCAGGCUUUUCCCAACGGAUACCCUGGUUAUCCAAUCAGAGGGGAUUCCUCUCAGCCCUCUCUUGCUGAUGAUCAUGGACACAGCCUCAUGGGUUUGGAGGACCAGACUCACACUUAUGUAAACACUGUUAGUAUGGAGGGGGAUCUCUCUAUGCGUCACUGCGUGCACUCCCUGCCUGAGGUGAGGCCCAGCACUUUCCCAGAGACCACACGGGGAUCUAUGCCUGUUGGAGGCCAAGGGAAUCUGCAGUCCAACCUGCGGCGCUGUCCCCUGGAGGAGCACAAUGAUCCUCAGGUGUUCAUGCAGCCAUCCUCACAGGAGGUCAAAUUCAUGCUGGGACCCACACCAGCCCAGCGCCAUCUGCUGGAGAGAGAACGGGAGAGGCACGGGCACAAUCCUCACAACCUUCAGCCAGUAGAGGGUGCUACAGGCUCAGAGACGGAGGGGGAUGAGCCCUCUAUGCACUUGUGCAACUCUCACUCCUAUCAUCAUUUCCACCACCAUGCUCACCGACAUCCAGGUCUCGAACAUCCGGACAGCUGCCAGAGCGGAGAGCUCACCUACGAGAACAUCAACGGCCUGAGAAGCGGCAGGAAGCAGCGGCUGAGUCCCAGCAGUGUGUCUCAGUCUGUCGGUUCCAGCAGCAGCAGCAGCACGGGGGACAGUCACUCGCACUCCCUACUGCACCCACAUGUCCAUGGCCCCUCUUCUCUUCCCCCGCAGGGCUACCCCUGUGAGAGAGGCAUGGGUGGAGGUCACCGUCGGACAGCUCUGCUGAACUAUGAGAAUUUGCCAUCAUUGCCGCCAGUGUGGGAGUACAGCGCUCUGCAGCGGGAUGAGGAGCAGGAGGAGGAUGACGAUGAGCAGGAGGAGGAUGAAUAUGAGGAGGAGGAGGAAGACUUUGAUGAAUAUGAGUUCUCAGAGGGCCCUGGGACACCAAACGGGUAUCACCAGGACAGUCGGGGCAUCCACAGAGAUGCCUUGCAGAACUAUGUCAACACAGAGCAGGUUCAACCGCCUCGGCUCCGACAUGCCUGCCCCCCGCAUCCUCGGCCGUGUCAGCCUGACAGGGGGGGGCGGAUAUUUAGCUUUGAUUUCCGCAGACGAUCGAGGUCAGGGGUUGGAGGCUGUGAGCAUGGUCACAUGCCUCCAUCGCGGCAGCUGAACUAUAUCCAGGUGGACCUAGACGGAGAACCUCCCUGCCAAGCCCUUGGCGGCGGCGGUGGCGGGGGUGCCCAAAACCAGCCACAGCACCAGCGCCUACCACCAAAAAAAUGUGGCCCGCAGGCACCCCGGCGCAGCGAAUGCUACGCAGUCAUCGACCUAAAGAAGACUGCUGCCAUGUCCAACCUGCAGAAAGCUCUGCCCAGGGAUGAUGGGACUUCCAGAAAAACUCGCCACAACAGCACAGACCUGCCUCUGUAAACAGUGUUCAGACUGAAGAGGAGUGAUGAAGACAGAUGAAGGCUUAUUCUCAUCUUAGCACACUGGACCCUUCACUGUCAUCCAUCCAUUCACCUGUUGGGCUGACUGAUACAGUACAGGUACCUAAUUAGAAACUUAUCUGUGCAUUGAAAAGGAGACAAGAAAUCUGAGGAGAAUUUGCCAUUUUAUUCUGUGUUAUUUAUUAGAUAUGUAUUGUGGGGCUCUCUUGAGAAUUUGGCAGUUUUUACUGCAAAUACUGUUUGCUGGAUUCAUAAUAUAAAGAAUACACACCCACACACACACAUAUAUAUAUAUAUAUAUAUAUAUAUAUAUAAAAGAAUAAAAUCAUAUGUAUGUAUAUGAUUUUAUACUUAUCUAUGACUAAGAGCAGAGACCUCAGUUUUCAGUGGAAGCAGUCAUCACCAUACUGUUUGAACUUUUAUUCCUCAGCCCAUCUUGUUCCUAUCCUCUAAUUUUUCUACAUCCAUACAGCUGUUUAUUUAAACACUUUGAGAGUGAAAAUUGAGACCCUUGUCAGAAGAAGUUCAGCUGUGGUUGGAAUGAAGGAGACUAAAUGAUUGCUCCAUAAAACUGGCCGAUAUUCAUACCUCAUCACAAGCAUCUACAUCAUGGCUGGUAAAGAGAGCAUUAUUUGUUAUAAUAUGCCUACAGAGCAUUUUGCACACAAUCCUAUGGAAUUGUAUUUUACCAUAAUAUAGGAAUGGUGUUGUCCAAUCCAAGAAAUGGGGGAAAAAAAAGAAUUAAAUAAACUAAAUGGGAAAUUAUUCCAAACUGAAUGAUGGUAAAAGUAGCACACAUAGUUUAAAAAGGAGCUCUUUUCUGUCCACAUGCAGCAAAUGGAAAAAGUAGCAUAUCAAGUUGGAUUAGUCCUCCUGUGUGUCAUUGCAGACUUACAGGAGGUCCGCGCGGUUUACGCUUGUCACUUUGCACUUUUGACCCAGGGUCGGUGAAGCACUCUUUGUUCUCUACUCCCACUCCACUGGAGCCGCAGGGCUCCACUGUGUCCUUUUACCAAAAGCAGGGGGGCAAAUAUCUCAUUCCUAGUCAGCGUUGUAGAUAGAUUUUUAUUUAUGUGUUUUUGUUAAAGACAUCGACAACCUCAAAUAGUGGCAUUAAGCUAUAACCUCACAGAAAGUGUGCUGAAUCUAAGUUAUCAGGUGUAAGUGGUCUGUUUUAAAGGGUUAAUCAAGUAUGCUGCAAGGUCAUGCAGUGAAGUAUUUGUGAGGCUAUCUGUCAACCUAAUAAGGUUGAUAUUUAUUUAUUUAUUUAAUUAUUUAUUUAUGCAUUCUUUGUUAUUAAUUAUAAUGAUUUUGUUUUCUGUCUGAUGAGCGGUGUUUUUUAAAUCCAGUUGGUUGGUUGGUUGGUUGGCAUGGAGACCAAAGUUUCACCUCAAAGUAUCCAUGGUAACUGAUGUUUUACUGUUAUAACUGUGCUCAAUUCUAUUUAAAAAAAAAGACUGUAUGAGUAUUUCAAGUGCCAAAACUUAAUUGCAAACUGUAUGAUGAUUAAAAUGAAACAUGCCAAUAUGAUUUACAGACAACCAAGGGACUGAAAAAAAGGCCUAAAAUCAGGAGAAAGAGUUUCAGAAGCAGAAAUUCAAACUGCACAUUCCUGUUCAUCCACAAGACAGCCAUUAGAGUGAGAUAUGAGGGUUAAACCCUGUAAUCUGAUAAGCGCAGUUAGGGUGGUUCUUUGCUGCUACAUGUACAUAAUAAGAGUAGUCUCUGCAAGCUACACGUGUCAAAAUGAAAUGUGUGCUUGAACCUCUGAGAUGUCAAACUUUACCAUAUUGUUCAUGACUAAUAGACGUAGCAUUGUUGUUUUCUUUUAAAAUUACUUCUGAGAAGUGGAAUAAUCACACAUUUAUGCUAACUUUUAAUUUAAUAAAGAUGUAUCUAUUGUGAGUUGGCUGCCUAGUGGGAGAAAUAAUGGAAGCACAGGCCCAAAAAUGUCAUCAUCUUUUAGUGUCUUCAGUGUUCAUACUAAGCUUCAUAUUAAGUUGAUAUUUUCAUCUGAUAAAUGCAGGCAAAAAGGGGUCACUGAUUAGUAAUGAUCUCAAAAUACAGAUGUGAAGUGUCAUUUCUCUACUGUUUACAAAACACACAACUUUUGAUUAGGUGGAUGUUUUUGGCUUCUGUGUAACACAAGUGUGCUUUUCUCAGAUUCUUUUAUUUAAACGAGAGCUGUCUGCACAACCAAAGGAAUAAAAAAAACAACAACAACAAAAAACCAAGGAGGUUUUAAUGAACUAAAAUUAUUUCCUUCUGCUUGUACAUCCAGGAAGUUAUGUUAAUCAUUUUAAUCAAAUCGAACCCAUAAAUUUUGUUCAUACACUAAUUAAGUCUAUCUGAAUGUCAGAAAACAAAAGAAAGUCCCCAGGGCGGUUUCUCCCAAUAAGUCAGGGCUGAUAAUAUUGGCUUUGGAGCCAUUUGUUUUGCAACUUACCACACCCUGUGUUUGGUUGAUCUAGCUGAAUUUAUUGACAAUCCUCACGUGAUAAGAUAGCAUCAGAGAAGUAAAAGGACUGAAAUAUGAUUGGUCUGCCUCACUCCGUAUCAAGUCGUAAGAACAAUCACAGUAUUGUUUAGUCAUUAGUACUUGGAUAUGACAUUUUUAAAAACUGAUAUAUCACAAAAGAAGACUGCCAGGAUUUUGCUCCAGCAUAGUUAUUUGUAUGAUGAUGCAGUUACCAAAAGGUUAAAUAAGGUGAGCAGUGUCAAAAUAGGUGUGUUCAGCAACAACAAAAACCUAUCCCUACACCCUGCACAGCAAGCGUAAGUUUAUGUUACAGAACCCUGCAGAAAAGGAUUUUACGGUUCAAGUCUGCUGUCUUUGAAGGUCAGAUUAUUACAUAUUUUUUGCCUUUUAAUGCUUUUAUUCAGAGAAGAGGACAGUGGAUAGUCAUAUUCAAGAAUGAGAGUGUGGGAGGGGACAUGCAGGAAAGGAGCUGCAGGCCAGACUUAAACCUGGGCGGCUCAGACACAUGGGGCACAACCCAACUGCGCCCCUCUGAUAAUUUUAAUCUUUAGUUUGUAUGGAUUUUUGUGAUUGUUAAUGUUUGAUGAACAGGCCCUUAUAAUUUCAAACUUUUGUGAAAAGCCAGUACUCUUUUACAGCCAUAUCAAUGUAACACCUUCACAGCUCAUUCUUGCAUGCUGCCGUCAGCUCACAAUUUUGAGUUUUUAGCUUUUUCAAAUGCUCGAACUGUAGGUGCAAAGCCAUUUUUGUUGUGCACCCAUUUAUAACAACACCCCAAAAUUGGAAAACUCUUUUACAAAUUGGUUUUAUUUUGUCUUGCCAUUGGGAAUGGCCAACAUGUAGCCAUAGAACCAUAUUUAAAAUUCUUACUACUGUCCAAAUAAAGUCCAUAUUUUAUAUAAGUGAAUGUCAAAAAAGUUGUUAAAUCUCUAUUUUUUCGCGUGUCCCUUUUAUAAAAGGGUGUUUUCUUAUCAUGGCUUAUAUUUACUAAUUUGCAAACGAGCAGCUUGUGAUCAUUUAUUUGGUAGCAUAAAUACCAGUCAGAUUCCAGAAACAACGUGACAUCUUUGAAUAAUUUCAAUUUUGUAGUGAAAAUAAAUUACAUUUACAAGGAUGUAAAAUGAGAUAAAUUUUAAGGAAUUAGCAAAUAUUCAGUUUUUCUUCUUGAUGUUGACACAGUUUAAUGUGAAACAGUAUAAAGAGCCUUUCUCAUGUUUCUGAUGAAGACCUGCUGACACAGGAACCUCAAAUUUCCCCAAAUCAAAUGUUAUUUAUUAUUUUGUUUAUAUCAUUUUUAUAAAUGACACUGAAGAGAACCCAGCCAUCUUUAAACUGACCUUUUAAUUAAGUGAUUUAUAUAUUGACACUGUUCAACCACGUUGGAUGAACAUUUACGUUUUUGCAAUAAUAGAUGAAUUAAUGUUUAGUUGAAGAGUCAAUACUAAACAGUCAUUCAUAGAGCUAAAUAUAAUCUACCUUCUAGCCUGGUCUUCUGUGAAUCGCAAGGCAUAAUUAAAUUUCUGGUGCAAUGUUGACUUUUUAUCCUACAGUGUUCAAAUGAAGCUAGGAAAUUUAAAAAAAUGUCUAAAUUUGUUGAUUGUCAGAGACAGUGUUUGAUUGAACUCACAUUACCAGUGCCAUAAUGUAGUUUCUUUAAAAAAAAAAACUUCAUUGUAUUAACCCCUUAAUGCCUGUUGUAUCAUAUUUGAUACACACUUUUAUAUGACCUCUAUCUAAUCAACAUGAUCCAUGAA